GGCUUAAAAGGCAAAGAAGGAAAACUUCUUUCCAUUUUGACAAAAGAUGGUUACAUAAAGAUGGAUAUUCUGAGGUGGUGGCUAGAGCUUGGCAAAUCCCUGUGGAAGGCACUCCUUUCUUCCAAAUUAAGGAGAAAAUCAAAAAUACCAGGAUAGCUUUGCUCAUCUGGAGUUCCACUUUUCAAACUCAGCACCAACAACAAAUGGAAGAGCUUACUAAAAAACUGGAGACUCUGAAUGAAAUUAAAACUGGGGAUAAAUGGGAAGAAUGGAUCAAUACUAAAAGGGAGUUGAAUAAAGCUCAUUUCCAGGAAGAGCUCUACUGGCAACAAAAGGCAAAGCACAAGUGGCUAAGGGAAGGAGAUGCUAACACCCGGUUUUUUCAUGCAUACACCCUGCAAAGAAGGAAGCUCAAUGCCAUAACAAGAUUAGUAUCCUCCCAGGGCACUGUGUUUUCAUCUCAGAAGGAAAUUGAAUCUCAUAUAUCAGAUUUCUACAAAUCCCUUUUCUCUACUGAGGGCAGCUGGGGAGGUGACACUUUACUCCCUCUCAUUUCUCCUUGUCAGGCUGUAAAUCUUCAAAAAUCUGCUAUCUUUUUUAGUAGGAAUACUCCUCAAAAUCUUCAAUCUGCUAUCUGUAGAACUUUGAAUGGGAUCACUGCCCACAAAUCCACUAGAUAUCUUGGGCUUCCUCUUGGUAUUGGUAAAUCCAAAAGGGAG